AUUAUUACUCUUUGGCUCAGACUGACGCGAGCACAAUGAAGACGACGGCUGUCCGUCUUCCGCUGCACGAAUCAUGAACGGCGUUUUCUAUUUAUUUUUCACUGUUGAUUAUAGAACAGUUUGUUGGUAUGAACAGGAUGGUUCGGCACUGGCACGAUCCUCCCUCUAUGGCGUUUUGUUGUAGUUUUCCCCCCAUCAUUUUCUUUUGUCUGCAUCAUGCGAUACCCCCAACUCAACACGAAUUGAUGUUUAUGAUCCCUUGUGGAUCCUGCCGCUGUGUAUGCUGGCUCCUUUAUCAUUUGGUAGUACUAGAUGAGAAUACUAUUCUUCUCGAUAUCCUUGAAAACCUGCAGCUUUGCACCACCACCUUACAUGACGGUCUUUGUUCUUUGAACUAAAUACUACCACGACCUGUAAAACGCCCAUGAGCCUCGUUG